UUGGGUGCGUUCUUCUUCUUCCCCACUGUCGGCGAUUGGUUUUCCGCCGCCGCUGACCUCAAAGUUCACAGUCCGUCGCCGCCUUCCGCGCCCGGCGACAGCCACCAUCGCCGUUCCCUUCCCCGCUGUCCGCAAUUCCGGCAAGUUCUGAAUGGGGAACAUCCUCAAUUUCACAACUGCUGUGACAGAUCAUUGCCAUCCAGGGCAACUACGCCGAUGCGGCGUCGGCAGGAGGAGAAUAGCAAUCCAUCAGCUCGACACAUUGAUCAUUCUGGCUUUCAGAGCUUUAUUAUGCAAGCACAUACAACGGCAUGAGGCGUUCCGUCGAAAGCGGAUAGCCAGCGGCCAGUUUCAACUGCUGAGCAUUCUGCUUUGCGGAGCUGUCCAUGCCAAGGGAAUAGCGGCCGGCGAUCGGUUUAAACUGUGUGGCAUUCUGAUAUGUGGAGUUAUAUCUGACCACAUCAUCUGUCACGACGCAAAGGAACCACAUGUUGACCACCGAAGAAGCAGCAGCAGCAGGAUAGCACGCCACCGGUUUGAACCGUUGAUCAUCCUGGCUUUCAGAGCUACAUUGGAGCACAUACGGCAACAUAAAUCAUUUGUUCAAAAGCCAAUAGCCAAUGGCCGGUUCCAGCUGCUGGGCAUUCUGCUCUGCGGAGCGAUCCAUGCCAAGGGAAUCACAGCGAGUGAUCGGUGUAAAACUAAAAUGUGUGGCAUUCUGCUAUGCGGAGUUAUGUCUGACUACUUCUAUGAUGAUGCAAAGGACCCACCGACUGAUGUGCUUCAAGACCUUCCAGAGGGCUUACUUUCGACAAUUUUUUCAAAGUUGCCUCUAGAUGCGGCUGUUAGGACCAGUGCCGUGUCAAGGCAAUGGAGGUACUUGUGGACAGAUUGUCCUAAACUGAGUUUCGACGGGGAUACACUGUGUGGCAGCAACAAUUAUGGGAUAAGAGUAUAUACUUUAAUGUUCCUUCGCAUUGUUAAUAGAGUCCUGUCACAGUGCUGUGGCAAGCUGGUUGAAGAGCUUGCGAUCAAAAUUGAGUUGAACUGGAUGUUGGUUGAGCAUCUUGAUGAUUGGGUUCGUUUUGCUGUAUCAUCGCGGACAAAGGCACUGGUUUUUGAUUUAGCACCAGAAGAGCGUCAACUUGCAGGCCGGGAUGAUCGGUACAGAUUCCCAUUUGAGCUCUUAGACAAGGACAGUGUACGUCAUCUGCAGAAAAUUCGUCUUAGCUUUGUAGACUUGCAGUCACCAAUGCAUUUCAGUGGUUUCCCUAAACUACGGCAGCUUGACCUGAACUUAGUGAAUGUCAAUGGGAAGGAUAUUCCAUAUAUGUUGUCAAACUGUCGUAACCUAGAGUGGCUGAGUAUGGUUAGAUGCCAUCUCAAUGGUGAACUAAAGGUUUACAGCCCAUUGCCUCAUCUGCUAUACUUGAAAAUUGUGUCCUGCGAUGUAACAAGUAUAGCAUUCGAUGCAGUGAACCUUGCGACUUUUGAAUACAAAGGAAUGAAGGUGCCUAUUGACCUCAGUAAAUCAUCGGAACUGGUAUGUGCGGACAUAUCGUUUUCUGCAGUCACUUUUGAGCUUGCUAUUAAUUUGCUUGCUAAAGUCCUUACGAAUGUGAAACAUCUGACCCUCGAUACGGCCUGUAAACCACCAGAGAUUCCCCAUUUGAUGUGUUACCAAUGCAAGUUUUCUCAGAUGACAUAUUUACAAUUGAGGCUGGUAUAUGUCCAAGAAUUUGAUGUCUUAUCUUUGGUCUCUUUUCUGAGGUCUGCUCCUUUUAUUGAGAAGUUAGUUCUGCACUUUUGUCUCCCUGACGUGUGUUUGGUACAAGAAUCUGAACCUAUCAGGAAGCUACCGGAGUGUUUGUACAACAAUUUGAAGAGCUUGCAUAUUACAGGAUUUAAAUCAUGUGCUGGCCAAGUUGAGUUCCUUUUGCAUAUGGUGGAAAAUGCUCCCACAUUGGAGGUUUUAAGUGUAGAUCAAUCAGAAAAAUAUCUCCUAGAAGGCCAUGAAAAAGAUAUGACUACGGUUGUUGAAUUGGUCCAUAGAACUACUAGAAGGUGUCUUGAAGGAAAGAUUUCGCCCAAGUGUACCUUAAUUUUACUCUAAGGGUAUGUUGGCAUAGGGAUGUAUAGUUCCGAUGGGGUGGCAUCUUGGAACGUGUCCGCACGGGUUACUCCUAUGUACACUUGUCAUGGUUCCAUUGUAAAUAUUCAAUGACAUAAAUACUUCCCUUUGAGUAAAUCUGCUAUUAGUCCUCA